AUGACCAGCUUCCUCGAUCUUCCCAGCGAGAUCCGAAAUUCAGUAUACGAGCUGUGCUUACUGCAACAAUCACCGAUCAACCCUUUCGAUGAGUACUAUCCAGGGUCCGGGCUCACGCCUGGCGUUCUCCGAGUCAACCGGCAAAUCUAUCGAGAAGCUAGCUCAUUCAUGUACGCUCAGAACAUUUUCGACCUAUCCUGGGUCUCCCACAAGGAAGUGGCCUCUUUCCUUGAGAGAAUUGGCAGAACGAAUGCGGGCUGUAUCCAGCACAUAUAUAUCGAUUUUCCAGAUUUCGGCAACUUGGAAGCAGGCAAUAUAACUCUGGAAGACGCUAGCAGCGAUGUCUGUGCAAAUAUUCAAAGUAACUGUGCCAAUCUGCGGACUCUCACGAUGCCCCCAGAUAGCACAACGACUGUGCUGCUGAAGCUUGAAGCACUCGACCACCCCAAAGUCGCUAUCGAGGCUUUGGAGCUGAUAAAUGGACGGCUCAGAGCCAUCUCAUCGCUCGAGGAUAUCGUGGCUCAGGUGUAUGACGAUGGACCAAGCGGAUAUUUGAAGAAAGCGAUGGAGAGUCAUGGAUGGACGGUUAGGGAGGUAGAAUAUUACGAAGAGGAAGAUUGGGGCCGCAGUAGGUCGCCUGUUGAUGAUUAUGAUGAUGAUCGGGAUUAUAAUUAUGAUGAGGAGGAGGAGUAUGACUACGAUAUUGAUAAUGAUAGUGAUUUUUGGAGAAGGGCAGGAGAUUAG